AUGUCCUGUCCUAGCCGCUCGACGCCCGAGUGGGUCCCCUCUCCAAAGGUCUUGUCCUCAAGACCCAACAUAAGUAGGUCGUUGGUCCCAGAAAAUCCUGCGAUUUCUACUCUUCGUCGUUAUCGUCGUUCCUUUAACAUUGCGGAGAACGGGUUCGAAGUCAUGCCUUGUCGUCGCUGUCGGUCCAAGGGGUUGCGCUGUAAAAUGCUGCCUGGUUCCUUGGUUUGCGGGGAGUGUGUCGCCGUGGGUGGCACUCGUCGCUCGUGCAAUGCUUCCGACGAUGCGAUCUGUCAAUCUAAUUCAUGUGUAGUGGAACGUUUGAUGGUUGAGUCUCGGCGUUUGGACGAUGAGGAGGAAGAAACCGAGGAACUGUUUCGAAAGAGAAUGGAGGUGCUGCAGAAGGCGCAGGCUGAAGUGAAUGAGGCGCUUGCGAAACUGGAUCGUGUCCGCAAGGCUAAGCGGAUGGUGUUCAAAAAGGGCCGCAAGGAGACUUUGGUGGUGGCUGAAGAGGAGUCUUCCUUGGUCCUUGAGGCGCGGUCGGUGGGCGCUUUUGGUGCGAUAGACCUGGAUACCGUUCUUGGCGAUUGGAAUCCGGGCACUCCAAACUUUUUAUCGGAGGCGCCUUAG